CUCGUGCAGAUCGUAGUGAGUCCCGUCACACAUAUAAGCAAGAUGGAGGAUCUCGCAGUCGAAGUAUGCGGCGAAAACGGAGCGUAUUAUAAGGCCUACGUCACCGAUGUUUUCGAGGAUGAAGUGUUGGUGGCCUUCGACAAUGACUGGCAGCCAGAAUCAAAGUUUCCAUUUGCUCAAGUACGUCUACCAAUGAAAGAUGGCCCGAAGCCAGAAUUCCAGGAGAAUCAGGAGAUCGAGGUGUACUCGAGGGCCAAUGAUCAGGAGGCAUGUGGUUGGUGGAAAGCGAUCAUUAAGAUGAUCAAAGGGGGCUUUCAAGUUGUUGAAUACCUCGGCUGGGAGUACAGUUACACAGAAAUCGUCUCUGUGGAACGUGUCAGAAUGAAAAACACAAAUCCACCGAUUGAUAAGAAUACGUUUCACAAGAUCGAGAUUGAUGUACCUGAAGAGCUCAGAGAAUUCGCAAAAAUGGAUAACGUACACAAGAAAUUCCAGAAAGCGAUAGGUGCAGCUGUUUGUCGAUACAUAGCUGACAGAGGAAUACUCCUGGCUAUUUCACGGAAUGAGAACCUCCGCAGGAACAGUAGUAUGAUACAAGAAAUGCACUUCCGAAAUCUUUCGCAGAAGGUACUUCUGCUGAAAAGAACAGAAGAAGCAGCUCGUCAACUCGAGUCCACGAAGCUCCAGACAGUCGGGGGAUACAGAAGAAAAAAAAACGAAAUUAAAACAGACAGAAUGGAAUCGAGCAAAUUUAGAUCAUCAAACUUUAUAUAUCAGCGUGUCUCAGACUAUGAGGCAGGGGCCAGAUCAAAUCCAAGAUACACAGACGAAUUCAAUGUCCGUGAAGACCUGAUGGGUCUGGCGAUCGGUGCACACGGGGCAAACAUCCAGCAGGCGCGAAAAGUCGAGGGAAUAACGAAUAUCGAGUUGGAAGAGAAUUCGUGUACAUUCAAAAUAUACGGCGAGACUCACGAGGCUGUGAAGAAAGCACGUUCAAUGCUCGAGUACAGUGAGGAGUCCAUACAAGUGCCAAGAGUCCUCGUGGGAAAAGUUAUUGGAAAGAAUGGCCGCAUUAUUCAGGAAAUAGUGGAUAAAAGCGGUGUUAUUACAUCUGGCUCGAGUGGGAAUGUACAUACUGAUAGAGUUCGAGUGAAAAUCGAGGGUGACAAUGAGCCACAGCCGACGAUUCCUCGUGAAGAGGGUCAGGUUCCGUUCGUUUUUGUUGGGACAGUCGAGAGUAUUGCGAAUGCAAAAGUACUGUUGGAAUAUCAUUUAGCACACUUAAAGGAAGUUGAACAACUUCGACAAGAGAAAUUGGAGAUAGAUCAACAGUUGCGAAGCAUGCAUGGCUCGACAACGGGACCGAUGCCCAGUUUUCCACCUGUCAGGCGGGGUAUGUCAUCGGGGCCUGAGGAGGGCGGUGGAGGUCGUGGUGGACGUGGUGGACAGUCACGGGGACGUGGACGAGGCAGGGCACCAGCACGACACAAUGCCGGCAAUCGUAGAGACACGAUGGACGGCAACGACGAGCGAGUGAGAGAUCUGCCCCCCCGAGGAGGAAGUCAUCAAGGCCAUCAGGGUGGCAGUGGAGGAAGUUACCCAGGCAACAGACAGGGAAGACCACCUGCACCUCGACGCGAUCGUAGAGACGACAGACGUCGAACAACAGACGACGAAGAGACUGUCCUCGACAGCCAAGACGUAUCGAGCAUCGAUCGAGAAUCUGUAUCGAGUGUCGAGGGAAAGCCCAAGGGGAACAGACGAAGGCAGAUACGAUCAAGAAGACGCAGUGCUACACCAGACACCAGUCAAAAAGGCAAUUCAGGACAGGCCGACCAGCCCGGUGUAACGAAGGAAGGCACCCCCUCCUCGAAGGACGUCAUAAACUCCAAUAGCACUGGUCCACAGGGUCCCAAAGGCCAGAGGGAUCGUCGUCAACCCCAGUGGCGCACCUCCUCCAACAACAAGCCCAAGGAGACCCUGGUAAAUGGUACCAGUGGCUAAUAGCUAUCCCCCAACUAUCUUCUUCAAGCCCCCGAAGAGUAGAAGAAGGAUUGACACGAUUGAGUGGAGAAUAAAUAACCGUUAACAUCGGAGAAAAUCAUGAACAACUACUUACCGAGAAAAUAACAAACACUGACUACUCUGAAGAAAUGGCUGGAUCAUCUGAGCUAAUUGGAUACAUGACGCUUUACCCGAUUAUUCAAGGACUUUGAGAGGAACUGAUGAGGAACGCAACAUAAUUAAUUGAUAAUGAUUCAACGGAGAAUGAUUACUUAGUCUACUUACUUACUCGUUCUUCAACACUGUUUGUUACCAAUAUUAAGGAUCAACUGCAGUUGUUUUGAUGAGGCAUAAGUAAUUGAGAAAAAUUAAAGGUAAAAUCAUUUAUCAUUCUACGUUAAAGUAAAUCGUUCUUACGAAUACAAAAAAUGAUGAAAGAAACAUUUAACGACAUAUUAAUAUCCAUGCAUGGUUUAGUUUGAAAAAAAAAAAAUGAUGGCAUUUGACUGUCAUUGCGUUUGAUAAAUAUGGACACAUUCAUUGGGAUAUUGAUUGAGAGCGUGGGGAUGAUGAAUAUCUAUUGGAGGUGGCAUUGCACUCUCGUGUGCACAGGGCUUGUUUCGUUGAGUAAGUGAGUGACAUAAAUGUUUUGAGACCCUUCCCGGAUUAUGAAACCGUGCCUCACGUUUUUUAAAAAUGAUUAAAAAAAAAAAUGCCACGAGACGGUGUCUCGAUGGCGAUCAACGACCUUUAUUGAGAAAUAAAAUGAUGUUUGUCUCUCGUCAGGAUCAAGUGAUUCAAUGGUUGAUCUUAUUGGGAUUCUAAACAGAGGAUCAGUCAAAUUUAACUCGUGAAAGGAAGAAUUCAAUUAUUCUGGGAGCUUUGGGGUAAUUGGUGAAACAAUGGUUAUGAUACAGGGUCGUUUGACGAGGUAAAUUUGAUGUGAUUGAUGAAUAAAAAUAAACCGAGUGAAAUUAGCAUCCAUUACGAAUUGUGAUCGGCAGCUUGGUAAAUUGAAUUUUCGUAUUUAACGAAUUAUCGGCUCCCAAUGAUGUUUCCUCAUUACUUUCUAAUUGCACAAUGUUGAAUUGUUUUUUAACAACUUUAUCCAACAUUUUUUUUUUCUUAUUUGAUUACUAUUAUUUUCCUUUUUUUGUCCAAGAUUUACUAUUUUUCCCUCAAUUUUUUUUAUUAACCCAUCAUUAUGUUUCCAGUUUGAGUGAUUAGUUUGUAAUUGCGAUAAAAAUCGUGAAGAGAAAAACAUUUUGUUGGUUGAUAUUUGAAGGGAAUUAAUGGCUUUUGGUCCUUUUGUACGACAUAAUUAUUGUUCCUUAAUUUAUACGAAUUAUUUUUGCUCGUCAUACCUAUAAUCUGUCAAUAAUGAUGAUUCCUGGAUUGAUUAGAGAAAAUUAUGAAAUUGCUAAUUGGCAGAUGGAAAUGACUAAAAUUUCAAAAAGAAAGUGAAUGAACAUGUGAAAAAAAAACAGAUUCACAGAAUGAAAAAUCAAUAUAUUUAGCGAUACCAAUGUAUGAUGUGCCAGACAAGAGGAAAAAACAAUGAUACAUGUUUUAUGAUAUCUAAAGUCUAGCUGAAAGUGCAGAUUUAGCGCAUUACCUUUAUUACUAUAUUACUACUUAGUCGAAAAGAUACGAAAAAAAAAUCAUAAAAAAAUGUGGAUGUCUGAACAAAUAAAUUAGCUUUACUAUACUAAGCUAUUAAACAAAAAAUACAAAAAAAAAUCAUUAAAAAUACUUUUAAAAAACACGUAAAAAUAAAAAAAUACAAAAGUAAUAGAUGAUCACUUAGUCAGCGGUUUUAAAUUGUCUCGCGGUGUUGCCUUGUUCCAAUUUAAAACAGUUGUCUUUAAUCUCUUCUUCCGGACAUGACAACAACUUAAUCGGACGUGUCUCAAAAUGAAUCAUUGCAAAGCAAUAAACGUAUACACUGAUGAUGGUUGAUUGCAAAGAAAAAAUGAUUAAUAAAUAAAAAAAACUAAACAAAGUACGUAUUUUGACACCUUAAAUAAUUGUAAACGGAACUGUGUGCGCUGCCAAUUUGGUUUGAAAUGAGAAAAAAUAAUGAUUAAGGUCGAGUUUUUGGCAGCCCAUGAACACUGAGAUAUCCCCCAACUUGCUUGUUUCAGAUACAUUUGUAUUGAUUGCAAUUGUGCAUAAUUUAAGGAAUAAAACAUUUCUGUACAUAA